AUGAACGAAUUCCUUGAAUAAAUAGAUAUUUCAAAAUUAAGAAUAGAUUUAGGUGAUAAAUGGAACCAAACUGAAUUAGAAGUCUUUCUUAAAAGUAUAUAGUUAUAAAUGAAAGAAAUUUAGUCUUUAGAUAGUAAAAAUUAGCUGGGGUUGGGAAAAUGUAGGAAAUAUUACAAUAACUUGGAUAUUAAAGAACAAUCACAAAUUUGUUGUCAAUUUAUAAAAAAGUAAAGAAAUCUAUAAAAUAUAGAACAAAAACUUCUUAGAAUCAAAUCAAAACUGUACAGCACAUGAUUUGUAUUUGAUUUUAUAAGAUUAUUAUCAAUAAGAAGAAGAAUUUGAUUAUGAGUAAGAGCCAAUCAAAAAAAUUAAGAAAAAUAAGAAUUGUAAGAUACUCAAUUAAAAAAUAAGGUCGUAAAUCAAUUCCUUAAAAAUUUGAUGUCUUAGAAAAUGAAAUCGAUUUAACAUAUUAUUUUAGAUAUAAUCAAUGCAAUUAGAAUGAAUGUAUAAUUAAAGGUAAAAAAAUCAGUUAGAAUGUAUUGAUUUAUGUGAUAUUAAAAAGUUUUGUAAGUGGAUUUAACAUGAAUACUUUUAUUCUCAUUUAGAUUAUACAUAUUUUAGCUUAAAUGAAUUUAGACAAAUGUUAAAUAAAGCUAAUAUAUAAUUAGACAAGAAAUCUAUUUAAGAGUGGAGAUUGAUUAAAUAAGUAUAUAUACAAUAUAAAAAUAUAGGCAAUAGGAUAACCAAGAAGAUUUUCAAUUUAUUUUUUAUAAUAAGAAAUGAGCAAAUUAGCAAAAUAUAGAUCAGUGAUACGAAAUUACUUAUUUGAUUAAAAUUAUCCAGUUCAUAGAGAUAUAAAAAAUUUAGAUUUAAUACAAGAUAUUGUUAGAUUGAAUUCUUUUAAUAUUGGAUAAAUUGUAUAUGCUAUUCAUCCUGAAUGUAAACAUGUUCAUGCAGGUUAAAUUUUAUCUACUAAUUUACCUAAUAUAACAAUCAAAUUCUUACAACCUGAAUUGGGAGUUCAUAAAAUUUUUGAUCAGAAUAUUUAAUUGUAAAUGUUUAUGAAUAAUAUAAAAUAAGGGAGGAUAGAUUUUUAAAUAAAUAGAUGAGUGAUGAUCGAUUUAAUAUGUAAUAACAAAUGAGUUUGAAUCUUUAAAAUGAGAAUAAAAAUACUUUAAUAUCAAGUAUUGUAUAAGAAUUAGAUUAUUUUGCUGCUUCCUUUAUGAUAAGAAUUUUGUAGAGGUAUAUAUUGACAUCGAUAUAAUAAGAAAAUAUGCUCUGGUAGGUUUUUUGAAAUAACUAAAUUAAAAAUUGGUAGAAGAUCCAAUUCUAAAGAAUGAUAAAGAAUUUAAGACUCUAUAUGAAUGGACUUUUUAAUAGAUAAAUAAUUUUGAUUAAGCAUCUAAACAUGUAAUGACUAAAUUUAGAAUGAGAGGGUUAAAUGCUUAUUGUAAAUUUUAAUUAUAUUGUUAGAACUCAAAUAAGUGAAUAAUAAUCUUGAUAAGGUUUUAAGUCUACCAUUAGCAUAUAUGGAGAGAGAGCUUGAUCAAAAUAAUGUAAAAAUUGAAGAAGAGAAGAAAAAUAAUGAAAUUAAAUAAAUAAUUAAUAAAUAGUAAGAUGUAUGAUAUAUUUUAUAUAUAAAGGAGAAAAUAAAUUCAUAAUUAAAUUAAUAAUUAAAUAGCAAAUUUCAAUUUUUAGAGAAUGAUAACUGUAAAAAGAUAUGUAUUAUUAUUUAUAGAAUAUAAACCAUUAAUUUCAUCAUUAUUUGGAUUAAUGUUCAGUUUGAAUAAUAAUUCAGAUAUAAACAUGAAUACUAAUGUAUAUUGGCAAACUCUAAAGUAAAAUAUCUAAGAUUCACAUCCUCAAUAAUUUAUAGAUAUUUAAGAAUCGAUAGUAAGAAUAGUAGGUAAUUAAAGUAAAUGA